UGCAGUUCCCGGCGGCCCUCGCGGCAGGCUGCGGGCGUCCGGGCAGCUCGUGAUGGCCGCGGCUGGUUCCGCUGCCGUGUCAGGGGCAGGGACCCCAGUGGCGGGGCCCACGGGCCGCGACCUCUUUGCCGAGGGGCUCCUGGAGUUCCUGCGACCCGCUGUGCAGCAGCUCGACUCCCACGUGCACGCGGUCAGAGAAAGCCAGGUAGAGCUCCGGGAACAAAUUGACAACCUAGCUACAGAACUCUGCCGGAUCAAUGAGGAUCAGAAGGUGGCCCUGGAUCUGGACCCUUAUGUUAAGAAGCUGCUUAAUGCCAGGCGACGAGUUGUCUUGGUGAACAAUAUUUUACAGAAUGCCCAGGAACGGCUAAGGCGAUUAAACCACAGUGUUGCCAAGGAGACAGCUCGAAGGAGAGCAAUGCUGGAUUCAGGAGUUUACCCUCCUGGUUCUCCAAGCAAAUAAUAAGAGGGGCCUGUGACCUGAGUACAAGUACUGUUCUCCAGCUGCCUUGUUUUGGUAGACAUGAGAAGAUUCCAGGAAACAGUUUGAACUGUGUACUCAUUCAUGUAGCAGCCUCAAGAAACGUACAUCCUGCAGGACUAUCCUGAAGAACCUCCAUUACAGCUUGUGCUUCCAAGAAUAAGCCUCUACCUUUGGGAUUAUAGGCAUGUGCCAGUGUGCUUGGCUCAAGCCUGUAUGUAUAUUCCCACAGAGAAUGUUAAGUAGGUUAGGCAUCAUGUGGUAGAAACACACACCAGAUUUAGUGCAGAAAGAAACACGUCCACUCCUCCCCUCCGUGCAUUAGGACCUUUUCAGAUUCAUCUUUACAUAUAUCCUAUGUAUUUUAACGUUUGGGUUAACUCUUCUUAGCAAGUAUCACAACUGUUGCCUUCAUUACUGAGCAUAACAAAUGAUAUGAGGAUCUAAGGUCAAGGGCAGAGAGCCUUGACAGCUGAGAGUCCCUAAGCUUUUGUGGAUUUUUUUUUACAAGCUAUAAUUUUAAGGACUGGAAGGACAACUCAGUGAUUUAAGAGCACUGGCUGUUCUUCCAGAUGAUGGAGUUCAGUUCCCAGCACCCACAUGGUGGUUCACAGCAAUCUACGACUACAGUUCCAGGGGGAUACAAUGCCCUCUUCUGGCCUUUUUGGGCACAGCACACACACAAGAUGCAGAUGUAGUUGCUGGCAAAACAUCCAUUCACAUAAAAUAAAAAAUUAAAGCUAAAUAUUUUGAGUUCCAUCUUUUCCAGGCCUAGUUAACCAGUGUUGAUCAUCCUGUUUCUGUCUUAUUACUUGGACCUGGCAAGGUUUCCUUUACCUGUAACUUCACUUGCUUUGUUUUCAAUUGAGGACUUAGGCAAAGUCAAGGUAAUAAUCUAUCCUCUUGACUACCCUGGCUUGAGUAUGUUAAUGGUAUUGUUCAGCAUUAUUAAAUAAAUGCUUGUACUGGUUAUUUUAACAAAAAAA